AUGGACGACCAUUCGGGCCUUUCACAGGACUCCAAGUCAGUUUUCCCCUUCGCGAUCGCGACAUGGCUUGUCGUUCUCUGGAUAGGCUAUAGGAUCGCUAUUGCCGCUUACAACAUAUCACCUUUCCAUUCACUGUCCCAUUUCCCAGGCCCAAAGAUUGCAGCAGCAUCCUACCUCUACGAAGCAUACUACGACUGGUGGCUAGGAGGACGAUAUGGCAAAGUCAUUGCCCGCAUGCACGAGCAAUACGGUCCCAUCGUACGCAUAAACCCAGACGAACUACAUUGCUCCGACCCUGCUUUCACAGACGAGAUAUAUGCUGGCCCCGGUCGCUCGCGCGACAAGUGGCAGCAUCAACUGAACACUGGUGGAGUUGGACCUGUUGCGGUAACUGGAUUCUCGACAGUCGACCAUGACCUACAUCGCGCACGGAAGGCGCCGUUGAGCAAGUUUUUCUCGCGUCAACAGAUGUUGAAGCUGGAGGGUGAAGUACAUGAGUUUGCCAUGAUGACGGCGAACAAGAUGCUCACUUUCGCUGGGAAAAGCGCCUUUGACGUCAAAGAAGCAUUCAACUGCUAUACUGCCGACGUGAUUUCCCAAUACGCAUUCGGUGAGCCCAUGGGCUUUGUCGCACAGGAAGGCUGGGAACCAAACUUCGCAACCUGGGUCAAGUCAUUUUUCAAGAGCGCAUACAUGAUGCGUCACAACGUUUUGGGUCGAAAGAUGGCGCAGGUCCUACCGUUCAUGGCUGACUAUCUCGGCGAAGAUAUCAAGGCUGUCAUGCGAGUCAUGAACGUAACCAUUCCCCAGUACAUUGGCCAGGCUUUGAAGAACCCAGAGAACGGGCGUGUUUUCGCUGAAGUCAUGGGUAAGGACAAGACGAUGUCUGAGGAGGAGAAGUUCCGCUACAAUGGCGAGGGUUUCAACUUUUUGCUUGCGGGUACCGAAACUACAGCUGCUAUACUUACUGUCUUCACCUACUGGACACUGGCAAAGCCAGAGGUUUACCAGAGACUCCUGGCCGAUCUGUCCAGCGCCGGUAUCAACCUACAGACGCUCAAAUGGGUGGAACUAGAGAAGGUACCAUACUUCUGGGCUGUCCUGCAAGAGUGUCUACGCAUGAUGCCUGGUGUGUCCCAUCGCUCAGCCAGGAUUGCUCGCUUGGAAGACUUACAUUACGUGUCCGCGGAUGGCAAAUCUGACUGGGUCAUUCCGAGAGGCACCCCCAUUGGCAUGACAUCCAUGAUCAACCACUGGAACAGGGAGCUUUUCCCCGACCCCGAUGAAUUUCUUCCCGAACGUUGGCUAUUGGAGGAUGGAUCGCAAAACUACGCGCUGCAAAAGAAGCUGAUUGCAUUCGGAAAAGGAAGCCGCAGCUGCAUCGGUGAGCAGCUGGCGUACUGUGAGCUGUACAUCAUGGGCGCGUACAUGGUACUCAAUGUUCUUCCGAGGGCGAAGCUUGUGGACACCGUGAAGGAGGACAUCUCAUAUGACCAUGACUUGAUUGUUGCGCAGACGACGAAGGGCUCCAUUUCUGUUCGCAUCGCUAUCGAGUAA